GGCAAUUCAGUAGUAUACUUGUUCUUAAAGCAGGUAAUCACUAAUCGACGUUUCCUGAGCUUGAAAGUGCAUAACGUACUUCAUUUGGAGCAGAUGUUACUUCUUAAAUAUAAUGAGAAAUGUUUUAAGCAGCUAUCGACAUUCACCGACGGAUAAAAGUAAAAGGAACGACGAAUUUGCUAACUAAGCGUUUUAGUUCCCAAGUGUUUUUUGGGGCAAUUUCUAAAGAUGCAGACAUAUUUGAUGAAGGCUAAGGAAGGUAAAUGCUAUAGAGUGCAUAACUUAGUUCUGCCAAAAAAAGAAAAGGGCAGACGCUGGAAAUGUUUAUCUGUGCAAAGAAAAUCUGGGUUAUGCAGCCGUAGGCGGGCUUUACUAGAGGAGGUGCGGCUUUGAAAGUAACGAAAAAAGUUUUUCUUUUUUCUCCAGUCCUAAUCUGCGCCUACGAGGGAAGGCAAAAUUGCGUUUAGAGAGGAGUUUCCUUUUCCUGAUUAAGGCAUUGCCACAGUACGAAUAUUUUGCUGUUUUUACUGUGGAUUAAAGUAGUAAAGGAAGCUGCAAAGGGACCGCGAUCAAGAGGUUUGGAAUUGGUAUUGAAAGUGGCUUCUAUCAGAGGGCAAUGUACUGGAAGAGUGAACAAGAAGUGGUGUGCAAAGCAGAAGGAAAAAGCACCCUGGCAAAUGGUGCUUCCAUUACAAAAGGAACUCCCGAAGGUUUAAUUGAAGAAGACUCUUCUUGCUCGUCUUCCGUCACAUUGUCUCCUUCUUUCUCCCCCCACUCCAUGGCCACAAAUCCUCAAUCGGGAAAAGCUGUCUGUAGCAGUUGUGGAGUUGAGAUCGUAGACAAAUAUCUUUUAAAGGUAAACGAUCUUUGUUGGCACGUGCGCUGUUUAUCCUGCAGCAUAUGCAGAACUUCCCUUGGAAGACAUGCCAGUUGUUAUAUAAAAGAUAAAGAGAUUCUCUGUAAAUUGGACUACUUCAGACGGUAUGGGACUCGCUGUGCUCGCUGUGGCAGACACAUCCAUUCAACUGACUGGGUUCGUAGAGCAAAGGGAAAUGUCUAUCACUUGGCUUGCUUUGCUUGCUUCUCCUGCAAAAGACAGCUCUCCACAGGAGAAGAGUUUGCAUUGGUUGAAGAGAAGGUCCUUUGUAGAAUACAUUAUGACUGUAUGUUGGACAACCUCAAAAGAGCAGUUGAAAAUGGAAGCAGUGUUAAUGUCCAAGGAGCACUACCUACUGAACAGGAUGUUAAUCAGCCAAAGCCAGCUAAAAGGGCUCGAACAAGUUUUACAGCAGAUCAACUCCAGGUCAUGCAAGCACAGUUUGCUCAGGACAACAACCCAGAUGCUCAAACACUCCAGAAACUGGCUGAAAGAACAGGCCUCAGUAGACGUGUUAUACAGGUUUGGUUUCAGAACUGUAGAGCAAGGCACAAGAAACAUGUCAGCCCUAACCAUUCCUCGACUGCUUCAGUGACUACUGUUCAAUCCUCUCGGCUUUCAUCACCUUUGCUUGACGAAAUUACAUAUUCUGCUUACAUGCCACAAGAUGGGCCAAUGCUGGCUUCUUUACAUUCUUACAUGGAUGCUCAUUCACCAUCAACUCUUGGUCUUCAGCCCUUGUUACCCCACUCAAUGACGCAGCUUCCAAUUAGUCAUGUGUAAUACUUAUAAAGUCACAUCUGUUUGACUGCUGAAGGCCAACUGGGAAGGUAUGUUUUCCCGUAGGAUUUACACUAGAACUGAGCUCUAUGCUCCUUGACCUUGAGCUACAUACUAUGGAACUAACCGCUCCAUUAUACAGCAGGAAAAAUCUUUGAACUGAACUCUGAAACUGGUCAUCUUAGAAAUGUAAAUCCACAAAGGAAUCUUACUUUUCUGUGAAAAUUCAGGUAUUAUAAUACACUCAUUUGAGGGGUAUUUAAAAUGUGUUAACGUUUGCAGUGUUUUUGAAAUGGUCUUGGUGUUUUGAGUGUUUAAGACCAUGUCUCCUUCCUAAAAAUGGUCUGCAUUUACUGCAGGUUUCUAUUUCAAAACUUAACCAAUCUGUUAUUGAAGCCCUGUUUCAUAUUUCUUUUGACAGUCAACAAAUCUGUUCUAUUUGUUAAUUUAUUAAUCAACUGAGCACUUUGUCUUAAAUUGUCACAUCUAUGUGCAAAAUGUUUACAGUUUUCAGUGCAAAUGUAGUUUGUGUUUAGUUUGAAUAUAUAUAUAUAUAUUUGUAAGUUAUUGUUCUAAAAAGUGCAUUAUAUACCUAUCGGCAUGUUAUCAGUGGUUAUCCCACAAUAAAUCUGUUCAAAAAUGGGUUUCUCAAAAUUUGAAUUCAAAACAAAUGUUUCGACAUAUUGACGUAAUAUCUCCAGUUCAGAUACUUGUUCAUAAAAUAAACUGUAUUAUGUGAAAUCUGAUGGAAUGUUAAUAGUAUUAAAUCACAGAUUCUGAAACAUUAAAAACAGUUUGAUAGCUUUA